AUGUAACAUUUCGUGCCCAUUGAACGAUACAAUUAGCUGUAUACGGAUGAAGUAGAAUACCGUCUCCGUAUUUCAGUGAAACCAUUUUAACUCUGGGAUUUACUAAAUUUUAAACUUAUUGUAUGCAAUACAUUUUCCGUAUAGCAAGUAGUCCAAAUAUUUUCCUUUAUGAAAGCCUGUUUCGCGCAGUGCUUGUAACAUUGUAUAACGUCUUUCUUGAUCACACCUAAUAAGAGAUACUAUGACGUAUAAGUGUACUAUUUGACGUCAAAUAAAAGUGAGGACAAUAAAAAUUUAAUAACUUCAACAUUUCGAAAUGGCAGGAAAAACACGGCGUUCGCAGAGAAAAGGGAGUCACAAACGUGGAAAGAGACAGCAGAAUAUUUCAGAAGGAGAAUGUAGGGAUAGCCUUCCCGUGUUGAAACCUAGAAGUGAAAAAGAAAUUGUGGGGAUUCCUUCCCAAGUACACCGCGAUGAAGAGCGGAUGAAAGUUGUACCAAUAGGAAGCAGUAGAUUUCAAAUAUUGCCUCCAAUCGAAACGACGCGUCCUGGGUCACCUAAGAUUCAAAUGAACCAAAGUACGAAAUCACUAGCCUAUGAAAUCUUAUUUGAGAGGAGCAGAAGUAGACUGGAAAAACAGAAUUCAAUCGCUCUUCCUCCUAUCGCAUCUUCUGAUGGCGUACCGACUGUCGUAAAUACAUUUUUAAAGAAAAACUACGAGCGGUUACGAGAGGAGCGAAGUGGUAAAUGUCGAAAACGGGCGAAAACACACACGCUAUAUAAAGAUAUCGAUCGAGGUGACGCAUGGGAACUACUUAAAGCAGAAAAAAUUCGAAACAACGAACUACAGAAGUAUCAAGCCAAACUUAAACGAGAAAAACUGUUAGUACAACAACAGAUGAUGAAACGGCAAAACGCUGGCCAAAGAGUCGCACAUCGUAAUAAAUCUUCAGCGAAGAACUACGACGAAUUAUGCUCAAAUGAUUCUUCGUCUGAUGAUUUUCCUUAAACAUUUAUUUUUUAAGAAUAAACAAAUAUCGUAAUUAUGUUUCUUUCUUUCUUUUCUGUAAAUGACGUGACCUAUUUUAACCAAUCACUGCAGAAACCAUUCUCCUUAAAAAUUUCUGUGACAAUGAAAAUCACUUCAGCGUGAUAGAGUUUAUGAAACUAGUGUCCAAGCUACACUUUCUCCUCCACAAGUAUCUGAAUGCUUUGAGCGAGACCCUAGUUCUCCGUUAGUCAACAUUUAUCGACGAAGGAGCGUAAUAUAA